AUGGCACGGAGCUCCUACCGGCGCCUGCCCUCCCGCCCCGCCUCGCCGCCCGACGCCACCGGCUCCUUCUCUUCCAGCCGCCUGGGCGAGGAGCCCGCGUCCCUGCGGCAGCAGAAGCUGGAGCUGCAGCGUCGCAUCUUUGAGGAGAAGCAGCGUCGGAAGCGCCAGGAGCCGCUCAUGGUCCAGGCCAACCCCGAUGCCAAGGUGACGGGCCGGCGGGGCCGCCGGCCCGAGGAGCGCACCCCCCUGAUGGAGUCCUGCAGCGACCACAGCCUCUGCAACGGAACCAGCAACCCCUUCCUGGUGGAGUCGGUCCCGGAGGCCCAUCGCCCCACUGACGCCUGGAGCAGCUCCGUGCACCUGGACCGGGGCCCCCGAGCCGGGGGGGAGGCCGCAGGUGCCUCCGACGCGGAGCUGGAAGAGGCCGUCCUGGAGGACACGCGGCCCAUCAACAAGGCCAAGGCGGCGCCCAGCUCCACGCGCAAGGGUUGGCCGGCCAAGCGUAGCGGGGCCGGCCAUGCCGACGCACGACGCCCCCGGAGCUCGAAGCCGAAUGCCCCAUCACUUGCGCGAGGGGAGCGAGUCCCCUCUGUCAUCGUGGAGUUCAGAGACCCUCAGGACAGCAGCGACGGGGACACCCCCCUGGAGGCUGGCGCUGGGGGCUGGGAGUCAGCCCUGGAGGGGGACUCGGAGGGGGAGGGGCAACUGCCCCAGGACCCCCCCCGUGCCUCCCUCCCCCGUCAAGAGAAGACAGGACAAAAAGCUCCCCAGCAGAGCGCCGAGGAGGAGGAAGGAGACCCCGACAUCCUCUGCAGAUCCCUGGAGCCCGCACCAGAGGCCGACACCCCCAGCCUGCUGGAGGAAGCGCCGGGGACCCCGUGGCUUCCGCGGCCGGAGGAGCUGGAGGGGUUCGUGCUGCGCCCGGCGCCCCCCGGGGUGACCGUCCGGUGCCGCAUCAGUCGGGACCGCAAGGGGGUGGACAAGGGCGUCUUCCCCUUCUACUACCUCCACCUGGAGAGAGACGAUGGGAGGAAGCUGUUUCUCAUGUCUGGCCGGAAGAGAAAGAAAAGCAAAACCUCCAAUUACCUCAUUUCCCUCGACCCCAUCGACCUGUCCCGGGACGGGGACGGCUUCAUCGGGAAAGUCAGGUCCAACGUGCUGGGCACCAGGUUCACAGUGUUCGAUAACGGGACGAAUCCGGAUAAAAAACCCUUCGUCCCUGAAACGGCUCCGAUCCGGCAGGAGCUGGCAGCCAUUUGCUACGAGACCAAUGUGUUGGGGUUCAGGGGACCCCGAAAAAUGACUGUGAUUAUCCCCGGUAUGAACACGGACAACGAGAGAGUCUCUCUCCAGGAACACGAGACCCUGCUGACCCGGUUCCAGAACCGGAACCUCCAGAACCUGCUGGUUCUGCAGAACAAGGUGCCGGCCUGGAACGAGGAGACCCAGUCGUACGUGCUCAACUUCCACGGGCGCGUCACCCAGGCCUCCGUCAAGAACUUCCAGAUCGUCCCCGACCACGACUCCGAGUACAUCGUGCUGCAGUUUGGCCGGGUGGCGCCCGACGUCUUCACCAUGGACUAUCGCGCCCCCCUCUGCGCCCUGCAGGCCUUCGCCAUCUGCCUGUCCAGCUUCGACGGGAAACUCGCCUGCGAGUAGCCCCCCCCUCCGACCUCACGACCUCAGUCAUGACCUCUGACCCCACAACCUUGGAAUGACCCCACAACCUCCGACCCUGCGACCUCUGACCUAUGCUGACCUACUCUGAGUGGCUGGUUCCUCUCUGACCCACCCCUUCCCCUGUUGACGGGACCUUGUCACCCUUGACCUCUCACUACUCUGACCUCUGGCAUUUUUAAUGUCAUUCUUGACCUUUGACCUCCCCAUCCUAGCCUCUUGCCUCUUUGGGCCUAGCUCAUCCUUGACCUAUGACCCCUGACUUUCCUUGUGGCCCUGUGAUGUCAUCCUUGGCCUGUGGUCUAUUUGACCCUUGACCUCUGACCCUUCCCUUUCGUCCUUGACCUCUGACCCUUCGUCCUCACUUUUCCCCUCUGGCCCUGAACCAUUUCACCUCUUUCGAAGACGUUGCCGUGACAGCAGCUGCAGCCGCCAUCUUGAUUGAUUCAAUGUCCCCUGCCCCCAAAGUAGGGGGGUCAGGGCUGUUCUGGGGGACCCCUCCCCCAAUCCACGGACUUUGAAGUGCCCCUCACCCCCGA